AUGCUCCGCGCUGCGCCUGUCGUGGGGGCCCCCCCGGAGGCUGAGGGGGCCCCUGAUGCUGCUGCGCUCCCUUCAGCAGCAGCAGCAGCAACAACAGAGCCGGCAGCAGCAGCAGCAGCAGCAGGGACGGGAAAACGUGAAAGGAGGAAGCAUUAUUUCUUUUUAGCAGCAGUGACAACUGAGCUGCUGCUGUGUGCGCUGCUGCUGCUGCUGCAUGCGGGGCACCGCAGCAAAGCGCUGCCUGCGCCUGGAGACGCGAUAGCAGCAGCAGCAGCAGCAGCAACAGAAGAAGAAGCGCGGGCAGCAGCAGCUGCUGCGGAGGUGGCCGCGGCAGCGGAAGCAGCUGCCGCGGCGGAAGCAGCGGCCGCCGCUGAAGCGGCAGCAGCAGCAGCAGCGGCGGAUGCGGAAGCAGCAGAAGCUGCAGCAGCAGCAGAAGCAGCAGCAGCAGCAGAAGCAGCAGCAGCAGCAGAAGCAGCAGCAGCAGCAAGCGAGGAGGACUGGCUGCUGCCGACAGUGGAGGAAGCAGAAGCAGAGCUUCCGGAGUUUCUGCUGGCGGGGAAGAGGUACAUAGCGGAGCAGCUGUGGGAGCUGCAGCAGCAGCAGCAGCAGCAGCUGCCGCAGCUGCUGCCGGGACGCGAGAGCUCCGAAGGCAUGCGCGUUCUUGCUGCUGCUCUUUCCGGGGGCAUUGGCGAGGACCUUGUGGGGCUGGAGCUGACGCUGACGAACAUCCGGCCGCUGCAGCAGCAGCAGCAGCAGCAGCAGCAGCAGCUGCAGCAGCAGCUGCAGCAGCAGCAGCGGGAGCGGGCCUUCACGGUGACCCGGUUUCUGGGCGACGGCGCUGCUUCUGCUGUUGUCGAAAUCCAAGACAAUGCAACGCAGCAGCAGCUAGCGAUGCGGCUGACUUAUGUGUCUGCGGACUUUGCUGCAGCAGACUUGGAAGCAGCAGCAGCAGGCGUGGCAGCAGCAGCAGCAGCGGAGGAGGAGGUGAUGCUGCGCGCUGCUGCGGGCCUGCCUGCUGCUGCUGCUGCAGCGCAGCGCGGCCUCGCCAUUCCCCUUUUUGCUGCUGAAAUUAAAAACACUCCUCCUAUAAUGGAAGGAGAAGAAGUUUUUGUUUUUAAUAGAGUUCAAGUUUUGGAAAGGCUGCAGGGCGAUGCUUCUUUGCUGCUGCAGCAAAUCAAGCACCACCGCAACCUCUUGCUGCAGCAGCAGCAGCGCCGCCUGCAGCUGCUGCAGUUCCAGCGCCAGCAGCAGCAGCAGCGCCGCCGCCUCCGCCAGCAGCAGCAGCAGCAGCAGCAGCUGCGCGGCCAGCAGCAGCAGCAAGACGAGUUCGAUGACCUGGAUUCCGAGGACGACGAGGACGAGCAGCAGCAGGAGCAGCAGCAGCAGCAGCAGCUGGACGAGGUCUGGCUGCCUUUGGAGGCGAAGUGCUACAUUAGCUUCCGUUUGCUGCUGCAGGUGCUGCUGCUGCAGCAGCAGCAAGUCAACCACAACGACUUGAAGCUCGAGAACUGCUUCAUGAGGGCUGACGGCUCUUUCUUGCUGGGGGACUUCGGCAGCAGCACCUGGUGCAGCAGCAUAAGCAGCAGCAGCAGCAGCAGCAGCUGCCAGGUCGAGCAGCUCACAGACAUUACCCCAGUCUACGCAGAGCCCGAGUUGCUGCUGGAUCUCUACGCGAAGCCCCGGGGGCCCCCCGGGGGGCCCCCCGGGGAGGGGGCCCCCGAGGGGGCCCCCCCUGAGGACGAGGGGACCCCCGAGGGGCCCCUGCUGGGUACUGCAGCACACCCAAAGAGUGACUUGUGGAGUUUGGGAGUUGUUAUUUAUCAAGUGUUCACUGAUGGAUUAAUUCCCUUUGGGAUCGGAUCCCCGCGGGAGUCUGUGGGGUUUGUUGCAGCACAAGCUGCUGCUUUGCUGCGGCUGGCGGGGGGCCCCUGGGGCCCCUGGGGCCCCUGGGGGCCCGAGGGGCCCCCCGAGCUGCAGGGGCCCCUCAUGCAGGAGCUCGAAGCUGCUGCAGUGCCCCCCAGGUGGCAGCAGCUGCUGCUGCGCCUGCUGCAGCCCCUCAGGGAACAAAGAAUUGCAGCAGCAGAAAUCGUCGAGGAGUUCGAAGACCUCUACCAUCCCCGCUGA